AUGGGUUCUCAAGAACAAACAACCCUGGCCACUCAGAAUCAACUCUUCUACGGCACCUUUAUUUACCCCAAGACCCUGACCGACCUCGAAUAUCUCCACAACACGGCCGUUGCUGUUGACCAGAAUGGCACCAUUGUUGCCAUCGAGCCAGACUAUGAUCUCUCUCAGGCCGCCAGCACUUUUUUCCCACGCCUAGGCUGGGCUCCGGACAGCGUUUCCAUACACUCCUCCCUAGCUUCCCAUAACCAAUUCUUCUUCCCCGGCUUCAUCGACACUCACCUGCACGCCCCGCAGUACCCCAAUGUUGGUAUCUUCGGCAAGUCCACUCUCCUCGACUGGCUCGAGACCUACACAUUUCCACUCGAGGCUUCGCUCUCGGAUCCGGCCAAGGCCCGGACCGUUUACAACCGCGUUAUCCGCAAGACCCUGAGCCAUGGCACCACGUGCGCCGCCUACUACGCCACCAAAGACGUCACUACCACCAACUUGCUCGCCGACCUGUGUCUGCGCGCCGGUCAGCGCGCCCUCGUCGGCCGUGUGUGCAUGGAUCAGCUGUCCCCGAAGUACUACCGCGACGCCUCGGCCGCUGACUCUGUGGCCGCCACCCGCGAAUCGAUCACCUACAUCCAGUCCAUCGAUCCGACCGGCGCCAUCGUCCGCCCCGUGAUCACCCCGCGCUUCGCGCCUUCGUGCUCGGCGCCCCUGAUGGCCGAACUAGGCAAGCUAGCGGCCGAAACGGGCCUCCCCGUUCAAACGCACAUCUCGGAGAACGAAGGCGAGAUUGCGCUGGUGAAGGAAAUGUUCCCUGCCAAGAAGAUCGGAGCGAAAGGGGACACCUACACGCACGUGUACGACACCUUUGGCCUGCUGACGGACAAGACCAUCCUGGCGCACGGCGUGCACCUAUCAGAAGAGGAGGUGCAGAUCAUCAAGGCAAGGGGAAGCAAGGUCAGUCACUGCCCGUGCAGCAACAGCGCUCUUACGAGCGGCGCAGCGCGGGUGAGGUGGCUACUGGAGCGCGGCAUUGAGGUCGGUUUGGGUACGGAUAUGAGCGGCGGGUAUAGCCCAUCAGUGUUGGAGAUGGCGAGGCAGGCGGCGCUGGUGAGCCGGCAUGUGGCUAUGGGAUAUAGGGAGAGGGCCAAGCUGACGGUGGAAGAGGUGCUGUAUCUGGCUACAAAAGGAGGAGCGGAACUAGUAGGGAUGAAAGGAAAGGUGGGCGGGUUUGAGGUGGGCAUGGAGUGGGAUGCGCAGUUGAUUGGGCUGGGGAGGGAUGUGGUGGAUGAAGAAUAUGAAGGUGAGGAAAAGGAGGAGGAAGGGAAUGUAGAUGUGUUUGGGUGGGAAAGUUGGCCGAAUAAAGUGGCCAAGUGGUUGUUUAACGGCGACGAUAGGAACACGAAGAAAGUUUGGGUCAAGGGGAGGUUGGUGCAUGAGAGGAAAUAGACUGGGGUAUCGAUUUUUU